AUGAGAGGUGUAACGCACUUUUUUAUACGCAGUUCACGCAGAAUAAUAAUUUACCGCUGUAUUUGGUCUCGGGUGCUUCUUCAAGCUACUGAAUUAAUGCUCUUCCAAAUUCGUCCCACAUUUCUGAGUCAAUGCUUACGCAACUACAGCGCUACGAAAUUGGCCACAAAGUAUGAUGCAGUAAUUGUUGGAGGUGGAAUGGUCGGAUUUGGUCUCGCUGCUGUGGCGGCAAAUUCUAAACUACUAGGCAAAAAAAGUAUCCUGUUACUAGAGAGUUCUCCGAAGAAUACUUAUCAAUAUAAGGAGGAGUAUGAAAAUCGUGUUGUCGCCCUUAAUGACCUCUCUGUUAACAUGCUUAAUAAUAUUGGAGCAUGGGAAUUUAUUCGGUCGCAUCGCGCACAACCUGUAAAUAAAAUGAAAGUAUGGGAGACAAAGUCAAAUUUUCACCUGACAUUCUGUCGUGAUCCUUUGGCAUAUAUUGUAGAAAACAGUCUGGUGAUUGAAUCGCUCCGCAAGUAUUUGGACUCCGUACAGAACUCUACAAACCUGACUAUACUGUAUGAAGCACAAGCUAAAAAUAUUCAACUACCCUCACCAAAUCACCCAGAACAGUUGGUUCUACUGGAUGUUGAACAGAAAACCCAAGAGAAGUGUGAAACUGUUGAGACAGAUUUAUUGAUUGGAGCAGACGGAUUCAAUUCAAUUGUUCGCAAAACAGCUAAUAUACAUACAAUAGGCUGGAAUCACAGUCAGAAAGCCAUAGUAGCAACGUUACGCUUAAAACAGGUUAAUGAAGAAUCUGUUGCAUGGCAGAGGUUUUUACCGACGGGUCCAAUCGCUUUGCUCCCAUUGUCAAAAGAAUAUUCAUCUUGGUAUGGAGUACAACUAUUUCUGAAGUUAAAUGGUUACUUGACUAAACCAAGUGAAGAAACCUCACAACUGGCGACUGUUUUCAGUAAAAUAGGGCAGUGUUUCGCCGGUGUGAUUGAUUAUUUCGGUAGUGUGGAGAACGGUGUUCAGAAGGCCUCCGAUGAGAAUAGUCUUCUUUCAAUUCCACAAGUAGAAUCAAUUCAGUUGAAUACGAAACGAGCUUGUUAUCCUCUAGGCUUUCAACAUGCUACAUUUUAUUCUGCUCCGCGUUUAGCACUUGUUGGUGAUUCAGCUCAUCGGAUACUACCACUUGCAGGUCAAGGCGUUAAUCUUGGAUUUGGAGAUGUUGUUUGCCUUGUUUCUCAUUUAGAGGAUGCCGUUUCACACGGUGCUGAUAUCGGAAGUGCAGCCUACCUUAAAGAUUAUACAAAUGAACGACAAAGAAUUGUAAUCCCAUUAGCUAGUACACUAGAAAUGAUCAAUUUGUUAUACUCUACCGAUGCAUACUGUAAUCAAUCUAUCUCGACAUUUGAAAAGAAUGAAUUGUUACGUAAUUGUAAAGAUUCUGCAAUUUCACGUUUAGUGAAAAAUCUUCUCUCGGACAUUCGAGGCGCUGGAAUGAAUACUGUCCAGUCUAGUGAAGUAUUAAAGAAAUUUUUGAUGGAAGUAGCUGUGACUGGCGAAAUUCUAUCUCCUUCGUCGGGAAAUACAAUGAUCUAUUAA